AUGUUGUUGUUUGCUAAUGGACUUUCCCCUAUCGCAUUUGCUAUAGUUCAUGAGGAGAAUGAUGAUAACUGGUUUUGGUUCUUAACAUUGUUAAAGGAGGCUAUUAACCAGGAUCGUAUCUUUACGUUUAUUUUUGAUCGGCAACAUGGCAUUCUAAAAGGCGUUAAGAACGUGUUUCCAGAUUGUUUUCACUCAUUUUGCCUCAGACAUUUGACUGAUAAUUUGAACAACAAAUUUAAAGGGGUUCCAACUAGUUAUAGGGAGGCAAUUGUUGGUCAAUUUGUAUCAUGCGCAUUUGAAUUCUCAAAGACGUCUUUUGAUAAGAAGAUCGAGAAGCUUAAGGCCACUGGUUCUAGCAAAGUUGUGAAAUUCUUGAAUGACUUGCCUUAUAAUAAAUGGGCGAAUGCGUAUUUUGAUGGGCACAUAUACGGUGAAAUGUAUUCGAACGGCGUGGAAUCUUGGAAUUCGCAAAUUCUUCUGUUGCGCGACCUACCAGUUAUGACUAUGAUAGACACAAUUAGAAGCAAAUUAAUGAAGCAGAUGACUAAGAGGAGAAAUAAAGCAGCUAAUUGGUCAUCUAUGUGCUGCCCUAAGAAAGAGAAAAUUUUGCAAGAUAUUGAACUUGAAGGCAGGUCGUGGAAGCCUGAGAAGGCCGCUGACAAUAUUUUUGAAGUUCCCAGUAACCCGUUUAUGGUUGUCGACUUGUCGCAAAAAAACUUGCACAUGUCGAGAAUGGCAGAUUUUUGGAUUUCUUUGUGUUUAUGCGGUGUGUGUAUUGGUGAACGAGACGACAUAACCAUAUGA